AUGCCUAUAAUAUUUUAUUUUGAAAUAGCUAAUGUCAUUGAUCAGUUUGGUCAAAUGACUCCGAUAUGCAAUGCAAGAAAGGGUAUGUAUCGUAGUUUUCAUGCCUCUUGGCAUAUGGCUGUUCAUUCAUUAUGUCCAUGUUUUCUAAUGCUUGUGUUUGGUAUUCUAACAGUGAAGAAUAUUCGACAAAAUCGUCGAAUAUCACCAUUGUUGAUUAGAAUUAAUCGGCAUAUUGAACGUCAUCGACGUACAGAUCGACAAAUACUACGUAUGUUAGCUGUACAAGUCCUUGUUAUUAUAAUUUCUACCACCCCAUCUUGUAUUGUUCGAUUAUACUCGUCAUUUACAGAAAGUAUCAUAAAGGACGCAUAUAGAAUUGCUCAAGAAAAUUUAGGUACGCAAAUAGCAAAUUCAUUAUCAUUUUUUGCUUAUUCAAGUAGUUUCUAUUUAUAUACAUUAACGGGAAGUUUAUUUCGAAAAGAACUUAUUAAAACUAUUACUCAUUGUUUAAAUUAUCGCCAACGUCGAAAUCAAAUAUCAUUGGUAGGAAUCAAUCAGUAA